AUGGAGGACGCCCUGACCACGACUGCGCCACAGGUUGUACAAGCCAGCAUGGACAAGCUCGGUGACGUGCUUUCCAAGAAACUGUCCCUGGAUGAUAUCCCAGUUCCCGAAGACUGGGUCGGAUGGCUCUCCUAUAUGUGUUUGAAAGUAAGAAGUUACACAUCUGUCGCCAGACUCGGCCUGCCACAUCAGCUUAAUUGUUUUUUUUUUUCUGGAGCCUUGUGCUCUCCUUCAAGUAUCAAGUAACACUUACACUCAGGCUUGACAACGGCAUUUUACGAUAAUUUUUAAAGGUCAACACCUUCCUUAUGAAUCAGACUCCUCUUCCACUUCUUUGCGUUUUGAGUUUCACCGUACUUAGGAUUGCUGUGCGAGACUCGACUAUUCCUCAACAACUCGAGAUACUUUACCCGAGACGCGUUAUGCCUGGCGCUUUAGGACCGUCCGCAAUCGUCUAUUUUAAUCCGGUGCGAAAGCCACCAACCAGCCUCCUUAAGUGGAAACCGGUGAUAAUUAUUGCCCAUCGUUGUAGAAGACGACCAAGUCAGUGUGGCGGACGCCCGGUGAUAAAGUUCUGGACGCCUAUUCUAUGGCAACCGAGGCCUUAAAUUUUUUAGACAAAGUGGCCUCCUUGUUGGGGAUGUGGAUAUAAGUCAACCUCAAGGAUGUCAUCACGGUGCAUCUCUACAUCCUCAAAUCAAAAUGGUAACUUGUAACAUCCGACGUGGCUUCUCUUUAUUCGAGUUUGUUGCGAAAAUUUUCAUGGAAUCGUCCUACAACCACCGACGCGGCCCUCAGUACACAACUUCAGAUAAAUGCGAGAAAAUGAGGGCCGGCGGCUAGGCCACUUUUGCCGAUUUUACAGGGGCCUCCUGCCUCAUAAAACGUGACGGACUGUGAAAGAAUCAUAGAGGUUUGGAUUCCCCGACAGGUUCACGCAGAUGCUGAGAAAACUUUACGACGGAAUGGUGGCUCGUGUCACGGAUGGUGUACUUUCCCCAACCCUUUCCAGCCGUAGUGCAGUACUAAGAAGCGUCCAUCGUUAGGAACAGCCAGAACUCGACGUUAACUCAGAAGAAACGGGAGGCUGCUCAACACCUGACGUACGCAUGUUGCCGCAAAAACCUCCAGAACCAGGGUAGACAAUCUUCUCUUCACUGAGGAUUGCGUUUUGCGCAAUUAUGCAGUAAGGUCCGGAUAUCUUCGUCCUUGGAUGCACGAUUUCCAUGCAUCAGGCAGCUCCAGAGGCCGAUUAUAGUGGACGUGCAACGUUAAUCACUGACAGGACUGCCAUUUGAACAGCACUAGCAUUGCACCGCGGAUCUCAAAGGUCAUCCUUGCCUUGCUAGGCUCCAGUCUAGCGUAUUGAGUCGCUGGGUCGUUUUCAUCAGCACCAAGCUGAUGUUUAAAUGACUGUAGCCUAGAUCACGCUCCCAUAUGAUAUUAUUCCUUUGUUUUAUUGGGUAAUGUGUUCCUACACGAGUCCAAAAGUUCGGAUUAAUACAGUAGUUGUCCCUUUGAUCGGCGAACCCUUUUUGUUAGGCGUAGGUGCGGUCAAGUCGAGAUUGCAGAGUACGCUCGCUCGAAUGUCUUCGAUGUUUCUUAGUGAAACGCCAGCUGGACAGAGGCUGUCGGCCAUAGAGGAUUAACCUCUGGUUUGAAAUGCCGUGUACUGGGUUGUCGACUAAACCAGUGUCGCUGCUAGUCGAUAUACCCGCGAUUAAGCUGGGUCUUCCCAGCCGCUCUACACGAGUCCUUUUGUUGAUGCAAAAACACCCACUUGCUCAGAACUCCUUCGCGCCGGUAGAAACUGUAAAUCAAUGCAUUCGUUACACAAUUUUGCAGUGUUUUGCUGCCAUUCUGUCCUUAUAAAUUCGUCUUAUUGCAUUUUACCCUGUCCGCUGGCAAGUGCUGCGCAACUCAUUGUGCCAUUUUACCACCUUCCUUUUUAUAGUGGGCAGUGUUCGCUGCUGAGGAUCCCUGGGGUUUUGUUGGCUAUGUGAUGAUGAUCGUGGGCCCGCUCUUCCUUGUCAGCGCAAUUUGUUCAUGGAAAUUGGCCAAGAUUUUGGAGAAGGAGGCUGCCGAUAAGAAACAGAAGGCUCGUCGGGAAGCUAACGUCUCGAAGACUCGUCGCCAUCCCAAAGCCGAAUGACGAGCGAAGCGACUAUACGCGUAUGUCUACGUUCACUUAGGCCUUAACAUCUGUGAGCGUCUGCUAUGCCAUUAUUCAGCAAACCCUGACUCUCGCGGCCUGGUGUACCCUGGCAGCUCUCUAACGCCUGUUCCCCUGCCGGUAGGUGUGCUUGCGCUCCCGCUGGGUUUACAGGUCGUGAGCAUGGCAGCCCAGCCAUCCUCGUCUUUCUGAACCGUUGUGUUGCUGUUGGUGAAAAAUCCUGGUCAAGUGUAUGUUGUGGGCCGGGCGGUUUGGUGGCACACCUAGGUGCGGGUCCGGCCGCGCCAACCACCUGCAUCCUCCCCCGCCUCCGGUCUCCUUGACUCCGUCUUGACCGGGUCCAGGUGAGGAGGAGAGAGUGCGGUGGAUGCUACGCAAGUCCACUAUCACUAUAGACUAAUUCACGCGCAAGUCGCCGUGUCUGGUGCACCUUGCUGUGUAACACGCCGGUCGAACUGUCACGUCCACUUAGACGAGAUUCCCUAGAAGCUGGGUGGAUGUUUAUGUACAAGCAUAGAGGCGUUUUAUCUCUUACGUCAAGUGCAUCCAGAGGCACAGUAGUUGGAGAUAGUACUCGUCAUCCAGCUUUUUUCCGUUUCCGCAAAUACUUGAAAAUUCUGUAACUUGGUACUUUGUUUGCCUAAUCUGGCAGGGGGUAGAUUAAAAAAGUGGGACAUCCGUUAGACGAAUAAGAAUCUAUCAUGUCAUAAGGCCAAGCCAAGUCAAAAAGGUACGUGUGGUAACCAGAACGGCAGUAUCCUUGCAAUGACAGACUGCUCUCCUCGAAAACUUCAUUGCAGGCCCACAAUACCUCUUCAGAGUUAAAGUCGUCGCGCACCGGACAGGCAACUCGCUAUCAUUUUGUCGAAACAGGCGUUUUAGAAAUAUUAAGUGUUGUUGUCAUAAAGUAUUUCAAUUGUACGACAUAAGAGACUGCACCAUUUGGGAUUGUGGUCAUGAUCGCGUUUUCGCGAUAUUUUUGACCUUUUCACCCGGCCAGUAGUCUAGGGGCUGGUGAUUGUUGAGACACUGUUUGAAGACAAUAAUCUUCCCUGCCUCUACCGCGGUCAUCGAGGGGUUAUCCACUUUCGCACAACAUGUUGCGAGAAGAACGCGGAGUGCUAAUUUGCCCUACCGGGCUGCUUGAUAUUCUACCCAUAUCCGCGGAGACUCGAUUCCGAUGCCUAGAGGCGCACCAUAAAUAAGAUGGCCAAACUGAAGUUCCGUGAACACCAAAAUUGACUGUUUGCCAUUAAGCCCUUUCUCCUCAUCCCGGUCUGCUCGCUUGUGUGGCUGGAAGGGUUGUGAUCGUAUCCAUUGCCGGAUAGAAAUUUAGUCGCGCAGGACAUCUUGAUUAGCGGACAGCCCUACACCAGCCUUUAUCUGUGUGUAGGUCCGUAGGCAUACAACCGAAAACACAAGCAACACAGAUGACGUCUCACCGAUGGGGUCAGCGGCAGCAUCGGACUGAAUUUCCCCAACACCUCGCCACCUGUAGUCGGAGUGGACAAUGACAGUCUGAAUAUCCCCACGCACACACUGUAUAUUUCCUACCUGCUCUCCUUUGCAAUAACUUCGUGGUCAUAUAGAGUGUCUUAAAAACAGUACUAACUGCCGCCACUCUGGUGGGCACCAAAUUUAGAUAAAUUAACAUGACUUUCGCAGGGCUGAAUGGAACCGAAAGUACCCCUGGAAAUACCUGACGUUGUCGUAGCAAACGUUUGAAAGUUUUGCUCCUUUGAGCUCAUUAGGAACAGUUUGCGUAGCCUACCCAGGCUGCGUUUUGAUUUUCACAACUGGACCUGCCGGCGGAUCGGCAAAUGUGUAACUGCCUGCUUUUGAUCACCAGUUUAAGAGACAUAUCUCGCAUAAAAUAAGUGAGUCAUACCAACAGUUCAAAUAUCUGUCGCCACGUAUUUCGCGCCCAGUCACUGACCGAUCUCCUGAAAUUUUAACCGAAAUUCUGAAACGUUUUAGCUUAUGAAGGAUUCCUUACGUGGGGUUGUGUUAUUGAUCAUCGUGCAGCAUAAUCACAUGAUAUUUCACGCACGAAAGGAUGCUGGGUUCCGAAUGCACUGUUUCUCGGCUACCUGCAAAGCCACGCUCAGCAACAGGUGACUACUUAAGUAGCAUGGACUUUUUCCAUUGAUCUUCCAUGUCCUUGUAGAUUCAAACACAGCUUAUAGAAAAUAUAAUUAAAAGUAUGCCUUCUCAUCCUCAUUUGGUAGUAACUCACGUAUUCUUUUGAAUUUUAUACUAGAGGAAAAGUUAUCUUUCUAUUUUAAAGGAGUUCUUUGAUUCUUAAACAAUCGCAAGCCCGACCUACGUCAUUAAGGAAGUGCCACAUAGGAUCCAUAAAGGUGUGCAACGCAUGUGCACUAUGGUGUAUAGUUCACAAGGAGCAUUAAUAUACGGACAGAUACGAUGAUAUUCGAAUGGACAUCGCACGAUCUCUAAAGUUUCGCAGCUGCAAACUUUUUGAAGACCGAAGGGCAUCUUUUCUAUGUGUAUGUGGUUUGAAGAUGUGAUUUACUACUAGAUGAGUACAAUAAAGCACAUCUUCAAUUGUUUUAUAUAAAACAUGUUUAGAUUUAUAAAACAAUAGAAGAUCAUCUGGAAAGGUGAACACCACUUAUAUAGUCAUUUUUGCCGGCUACGGUUUCUACAGGCCACAGAAAAAACCCAAAAUCCAGCAUCCAGGUGUGACUGAAAUAUCUCGGAAUUAUGUUGCAUGAUAAGCGGUCCUCCCAACUCGAAAGCACACUUCAGAACUUCGGUUAAAAUGUCAUGAGGUCGGUCACUGACUGCAUACCGUCAGCAGAUCAAAUGCUUGUUUGUAAAGUCUCAUACUUACAACACGUCUAUCAUGCCAAGAAUGGACAAGGAAACCCAGUCGAGGGCAGUGACUUGCCCAUGGCAUCUGGAACCGAAGACAGUGGCGAAACGCCGCAUCCGCUCUCCUUAUCCCAUCGACCCUCAAUCUUUGGUUUAUUCUAUCUCUCGUAUUUCACGUCAUGAUCUUUGUCCGGAGAAGCUGCUAAGGUCCCCAUAAUCAGUACAGCACUUUCAAAUUGCGACUACCAUUCUAAAACAUAUUAUCUUACACCUAUUGUUUUUUUUUAGCGCGAUCGACUUCCCUUCCCGCGUACGAGAAAACCCUGUUUGGAUAUGUGUGA